AUGGCUCAUCCCCUCCUCUCCUCGGCGCUUGUUUGUUCGCGUCUUCUCCCUGUAGGGAACUGCGUUCCCCAGCCCCGGCUGUGCGUGACGUCAGCACGCCCCGCGGGCGGGAGGGUGAGGUCGCUGAGCGUGAGGUGCGAGCAGGGAGCCAAGGGCGGCGGCGGGCUAGACGCCUGGCUGAGCCGCGGCGCGAUGCUGGGCUUCGUCGGGGCGGUGACUGUCGAGCUGACCACCGGCAAAGGCGUGCUUCAGAAUGUGGGAUUGACCGCGCCGUUGCCGGCGGUGGCGCUGGCGCUCACCGCCGUGGUCGGCGUCCUCACGGCCUUCCUCAUCUUCCAAUCCGGGUCGCGGGACUGA